CCCGGGAAUUUCUCUCGCUCCCUCGUACUUCCUUUUUGUUAUUAUCUUUCUGUUUACUCCUUCUUCCUCAACUUUUCUUCUUCUUUGCCUUUUACCCCAUCAAACCCUUUUUCUCUUUUCUUCUUCUUCUUCUUCUUCUUCUUCUACUUCUACUUCUUCCUGUUGCAGACAAAUAUUACGGAAGAAAAAAACAAAACCCAUUACCCAAAUGAUUAUCACUUUUGUUUCGGAUUUUACAUGGGUUGGAUAUGGAUGUUUAUAACUGGGUUCACAGCCUAGCAUCUGCAUUUCUGCUUGCUCCUCCUCCUCUUUAUUUCUCCGCCUUCUACUCUAAUUAUCUGACUCAGUUUUCUUUCUGAAAGAAGGUUGCUGUGCUUACAACCAUGUCAUCCCUGCUAGCACGAACAGGGCGUCACCGCCAGCGUUAUGAGGACAAUUUUCGCCUUGUCUCUGGAUGCAUUCCCUAUCGGGUGGUAAGGGAUGAUCAGGAUGAUGGCGCUGAAAUAGGAAACAGGAUAGAAGUUCUCAUGGUUUCUUCUCCCAACCGUCAUGACCUAGUCUUCCCUAAGGGUGGAUGGGAGGAUGAUGAGACCGUGGAAGAAGCUGCAUGUCGUGAAGCGGUAGAGGAAGCAGGAGUGAAAGGAAUACUCAGAGAAAUUCCACUAGGAGUUUGGAAGUUUAGAAGCAAGAGUACACAGGACAUCUGCAGCCUGGAAGGAGGCUGCAAAGGUUACAUGUUUGCAUUAGAGGUGACUGAGGAGCUUGAUUCCUGGCCAGAGCAGGAAAAUCGUGAUAGGAAAUGGCUAAACACAAAAGAAGCCUUUGAAUUAUGUCGAUACGAGUGGAUGCGUAAAGCCUUAGAAGCAUUUUUGGAAGUGAUGGUGGACGACAGAAAAAUGGGGAUGGAAGAAGAGAAACCAGAGUUAGAUUCAAAUCCAGUUUCUGAGUUGGGAGAAUGUCAGAUUAUGCCUCCCAAGAGCUGCAUAGAUGGUAUGAGUGGUAUAAAUACAUUCUCUUGGCAGAUUGCUCUGAAGAGAUUGCCACCCACAUGACAUGAGACGAUUGCCGCUCAAACGUUAAAUUAAUUUGAUUAAUAUGUUUUAAGGGAUAGGUUUGUUGUGUAACUCAAAUACCUUUCUUUCUUGGCUAAAGAUGAAGGUUCUUGUGUAAGUCUCCUUCUGCUGGCCAGUAACUGCUUCAAAUCUGAUAUGAAUAGACC